UCAGGGCAACUGAAUUUCGGGCUCCUGACUCUAACGUCCAAUAACCCGGCACUUGCAUUACUAACGUCGGAACGGAUAAACUAAAGUUUUGAAACAAUAUAUUAGCUUCCACCUAAGCAAAAAAUCAUGGCAAAGUUGAACAGCAUUGACCUUGACAAGUUGAUGGAAGAGUUUGGUGAAUUGGAACAGAAAAUAACAGAGGUUAAUGACAGAAACAGUAUAUUGGGGAUCGUUUUGGAGGAUGUCAACAGGCACAUAAAAUUCAGUCAUGCCAAAGAGAGGAGUCUGAUUCAGGAGAAAGAGGGCCUCCUUGUGAUGAUGAGCAAACUGCAACAGACUCUGCAGGAGCAAUGCAACCUCAGAGUGGAGAAUGAGAGACUGAAAAAUGAAGUACUGGCUUUAAAACAAAUGAACGAAAGAAGGGUGGAGGCCGGAAUGGCAGAGGUUCAGCGACUGCUCAGUAAAAUAAGAGCAGGAGAGGAAGGACACAAGAGGGAGCUAGAGGCUUUAAGACAGCAGUGCAGCAGAGAGGUGGAGGAUGCCCACAGGGAGGCUCUAAGUCAGAUAAAGACUAAAGAUCUCUGCAUGAAGGAACUGAUGGAGGGGAAGGAUGUGGCACUGGAGGAGAUGAAGAAGAGGAUGAAGGAUCAGGAGAGAGAACAGCAGAGCGAGCUCCUCAAGUUACAGAUGGAGUUUGGUGCAAAGUUGGCCAGAGUUCAGAUCACGGCUCAAUGGAACCAGCAGCAGCCGCAUGCAUCCAGCAACCUUCCACACAGUGUAUAUAAGAAGAAGCUGCAAUUUUUCCAGGAGGAGAAGAGCAAAGAGAUUGGUGCAUUGCGUCAGAGAAUCAGAGAGCUGGAAGAGCACCAGCGUGCCAACAGCCUUUGCGACAGCCGUCUGAAGAGACGGAAGACCUAGUUUUUGAUUGGAGGCUGACCUAUAAGAUGCUGCGUGCGGGUGCACGCCGUGUAUGAAAUGUUCCGUUUUACUUCAGCUCUAUUUAAACGAAAAAAUGGACUUGAUAGAGCUAUGCAAAGUGAUGUUUGUUGAUGUUUGCCAUAUCUAUGCUCACAUUUCAACACGCACUGCAUGCUGCUUCGGGAGUUUAAUCCAAUUAGAUGCCUGCAGGGAAGGACCCAGGAGGGAGGGUGGAUACGUAUAGAUAAGGAGGAGGUAAACUUUUGAAUGAAUCAAAUAGGAAGAGGACAAAUCCCAGCAAUACAAGCUGUUUCUGUUUCAAUUCAAGGAAAUCAUUUAACUGAUGUUUUCCCUGUGUGUUGCAUUUCUGUUCUUUUAAUUAAAGUUUGGAAAAGGCAUCAGUUAUUUGUUUUCAGGGUUUACAUUAAUUCUAAUGGCCCUAUUCAGAUUACUGCGCUUUGGGUCCCUGAAAAAGGCAAGUUCAUUUUCUCUUUCUGACAGCUGGUUUUCUGGCUUUGAUAAGGAAAAACAUCAGCCACAGGUCUAACUGUCUUCAAAUAUCUUAAUUCUUAUGUGUUAUUAGUUAUUAUUAUUGUUAGUUUUUAUCCAAUCCCACUCAGUUCCAACAGUCUUCUCUG